AUGCAACAGGGGCACCUGGGAUUUGCAACCAAAGAUGCAGGUCAUCUAUCAACAUCAACAUCAGCAUCAACAACAUCGACAACAUCGACAUUGAAAUCGACAUCGACAUCAACAACAACAACGGCCGACGGCGUCGCAUACAUGGCCUCGACGCCAAGCUUCAAUCGUCCCGGGGAGCGCUUCCGCGUCUAUUCCCCGUGCACAGCACCGCAGCCGGGGUUGAACGAGGCCAUGCAAACUGCAAUGCUCCCCAUCAGCCGUUGUAGUGGUCGGGACGGAAGACAACGUACUGUCUGGUAG